AAUGUAAACCUAAUUUACUUUUGGUGUAAUCGAUGACACAAUAGUAACUAUCCGAUGAUAACAAUCGAUAUCACUUGAAGAUAUAUUUGGUGUCACAAUGACUGUAGUGGUUUUUAUGUAAGCGAGUUCUUAUUUCUAUCACUGGAGUUGAGCUGUUAACACAUGUUUUGGAAAUCGGAAAGAAAUGAAUCAAAGAAGAAUACGAUUUAAAGCGUUCCGAUUGGGAUUGUGGCAUAUCCUGUGUUAUGAUGUUGCUGAAUCGACGACAACGCCACGAAUUCCUUACCAAAUUCAAUCAAAUUUGUGACGAAGAAGACUUUGGCCAAAGCACUUGGACCAUUGACCUGUGUUAUCUGCUUCGUCGAUUUAAUAUUCGACAUAUUUACACCACAAUAACCAUUGGCGUUAAUCCAGACUUUCGCAACAAUGAUUAUUACGGAGCAAUUUUGUGGAUAGAUCACAUAAGAGUGAGCUCGAAAUUUGAUAAGGCCUCAUGCAAUGGUUUGAAAAUUCAAAAGAGAACAAUUGAUAAUAAAGCGCUUUUGGAGCAUUUAGCGAAGAAAGGACCAGUCAUUGCACUUACUAAUGGAUAUUUGUUGCACUGUGAUUUAUGCCAGACGAAAGAGUCAGAGUGUUUGCAGGAAAUUAGAAAAUGCUUCUCAAUCAGUAAGCCAAAAACGAGAUUUUCGGGUCAUUAUAUCGUGUUAUGUGGAUAUGACCAUCGCAUCGGAAGCGUAUUUUAUAGAAAUCCGGCACACGAUGAUCGUAUCUGUGUAAUUUCGUACCGAAAACUGACCGAAGCACGUACUGCCAAUGGUACCGAUGAACCUAAAUUGUAUAAAAUUUAAAUAAAUCCCCAAAUUUGUUCAAUAAAUUAAAACUUUAUUCGAAAUGGAUACCGCUGUCUCUAUGUGUGUAUGUGUGUGUUUGACAUAAUACAAGCACAACGUCUACAGUAAUAAUGUUCGUUAAGUCUACAAAGUUGAGUGUUUUAUGUUAAGGAAUAUUUUUACUUUUUUUUAUCU